AUGGCCGCGUCCACCCUGUCCGUCUGCUCCAGCAACCUGAGCUAUGGCAGCCGCGCCUGCCAGCCAGGUUCCUCCGAGUCUUGUACUGACUCCUCCUGGCAGGUGGACGACUGUCCAGAGAGCUGCUGUGAGCCCUCCUGCUGUGUCCCCAGCUCCUGCCAGCCCACCUGCUGUGCCACCAGCUGCUGCCAACCCUCCUGUUGUGUCCCCAGCUGCUGCCAGCCCACCUGCUGUGUCCCCAGCUGCUGCCAGCCCACCUGUUGUGCCCCCAGCUGCUGCCAGCCCUCCUGCUGCACCUCCUCCCCCUGCCAGCACAUGUGCUGUAUGCCCGUCUGUUCUGGGCCUGCCCCCUGCCCUGUCCCCUCCUGCUGCCAGCCCACCCCCUGCUUCUCAUCCUGCUGCAGACCCUCCUCCUGCUGCAGACCCACCUCCUGCAUGUCUGUCAUCUGCCGCCCCGUGUGCAGGCCUGUGUGCAGGCCGGCCUGCUGCGUGCCCGUCUCCUCCUGCUGUGCCCGCCCCUCUUGCCAGUCCAGCUGCUGCCGCCCGGCCUCCUGUGUGUCCCUGGUCUGCCGCCCCGUGUGCUCCCGCCCAGCCUGCUGA